GCCAGUUUUACUAAAGGUCGUAACUCAAAACGUAGACGUAAACGUAGACGUAGACGUAACUUAGGCUGAUUUUGCGUUUUACUAAAGGUCGUAUCUUACGUUUUGGCGUAGAUUUACGUCAAAAUCUACGGGUGACGUGCAGCAGACGUAGGAACGUACGUAGCGUAAUAAAAAAUGGCGACGUACCUACUGUUGCAACGCGCACUUAGAAGAGAAAGGGUUUUCCGCGAUAGGAGUCAGCCGCUAGACUCUCUGGAUGACGUGGAUUUGAUCUCACGGUAUAGAUUUCCGAGGAGAGUUCUUUUAGAACUUAUUGAUGCUGUUGAUGCCACAUGUAGACCGGCAACGAAUAGAUCCUACUCUAUUCCCACACAACUGCAGGUGUUGUGCACCUUGCGCUUUAUGGCGAAAGCGGACUUUUUUUCGGAAGUGGGAGAUAUCCACGGUAUAUCCAAGUCUUCAGUCUGCGUGUUUUUACCAAGAGUGUGCCGAGCACUGAAUGCGUUUCUACACAUAGACUUCCCAACAGAUGCCCAAACUCUUUUGAAAAUGAAGGAAGAAUUUUAUGCCAUUGCACAUUUUCCUAAUGUUGUGGGUGCCAUAGAUGGCACGCUUAUUCCUAUUCGGGGCAUGAACGGGGAGGAUGAGCCUGUUUAUGUCUGUCGCAAGAACUUCCAUGCCUUGAAUGUUCAAGGAGUUGUAGAUGCGAACAUGAGGUACAUACUGGCUUAAUGCAGUUUCAGUAUGACAUAAUAGUCUUUUCUUGAAAUUGGAGCAUGUUUAUAAUAACAAGAGGCCCAUGGGCCACAUCGCUCACCUGAGGAACAAUAGGUAUGAUAAAAUCAGCUCAAUGGAGUCAUAAUACAAACUAUCUGGACAAUAUACAAUAAUUCAUGUAAAUCCUGUAUAAAUAAAAUCCAUUUUCCCCUGGAUAUUCUUAUGUUUAUAAUCAUUAGUCCCUUUUCUAACAGGAUGAUUUUAUAGUCAUAUCAUGUGUUGAGUAUUGCAGUUCUCAAAAAGAUCCCUAACAAUAGUUUAUAUAUGGGAUAUAAACGUACAGUAAACUCUCAACCUUCUCGUGAGGCCAAAGAAUUGUCCUGGGGCCAAAGUCUUAACAAUUAUAAAGAAUCAUCUGGCUGAUUAGUUUCUGAGAAGAUUUUUAAAGAUUUACCCUAUAAAUUCCUUUGUUAAACUUUGACCCCCCCCCCCCCAUUGUGGCCCCACCCUACCCCUGGGGAUCAUUAUUUUCACAACUUUGAAUCUACACUACCUGAGGAUGCUUUCACACAAGUUCCAGCUUUCCUGGCUGAUUAGUUUCUGAGAAGAAGAUUUUUAAAGAUGACUCUGUUUAUUCCUAUGUAAAACAUUGACCUCUCAUUGUGGCCCAAACCUACCCCCGGGGGUCAUGCUUUUCACAAAUUUGAAUCUACACUAACUGAGGAUGCUUCCACACAAGUUUUAGCUUUCCUGGCCAAUUAGUUUCUGAGAAGAAGAUUUUUAAAGAUUUACUGUAUAUAAUCAUAUGUUUAACUUCAAUCCCCCAUUGUGGCCCCAACCUACCCCCAGGGGUCAUGAUUUUCACAACUUUGAAUCUUCACUACCUGAGGAUGCUUCCACACAAGUUCCAGCUUUGCCUUCGAAUUAGUUAUUGAGAAGAAGAUUUUUAAAGAUUUACUGUAUAUAUUCCUAUGUUAAACUUCGAUCCCCAUUGUGGCCCAACCCUACCCCCGGGGGUCAUGAUUUUUACAACCUUUAAUUUACACUACCUGAGGAUGCAUCCACACAAGUGUCAGCUUUCCUGGCUGAUUAGUUUCUGAGAAGAAGAUUUUUAAAGAUUAACUGUGUAUAUUCCUAUGUAAAACGUCGAUCUCCCAUUGUGGCCCAAACCUACCCCCGGGGUUCAUGAUUUUCACAAAUUUGAAUCUUCACUAACUGAGGAUGCUUCCACACAAGUGUCAGCUUUCCUGGCCGAUUAGUUUCUGAGAAGAAGAUUUUUAAAGAUUUACUUUUUAUAUUCAUAUGUUAAACUUCGACCCUCCAUUGUGGCCCCACCAUAUCCCCAGGGGUCAUGAUUUUCACAUCUUUGAAUCUACACUACCCGAGGAUGCUUCCACACAAGUUUCAGCUUUCCUGGCCGAUUAGUUUCUGAGAAGAGGAUUUCUAAAGAUUUACUCUAUAUAUUCAUUUGUUAAACUUCGACCCCCCAUUGUGGCCCCAUUCUCAGAUGAGCUAAAAAGGUUAAGUUUACAAUUCAAUAAGUUGGUUUCUGGAAGAACAGAUUUUGAAAAUUUUCGUAAUAAAUAUUGACAAUUUUUUUACUUUUUAAAGCGCUAAGCAUAGCUCAGCCCUUUAUUGUCGUUAGACUUCAACUUCCGGUGCAUCGAAUAACCGCCCCCUCUAAGCAAAAGUAUACAUCAUUUAAACUGGUUAGGGAACCAGUUUCAGGGGUUUAUGCACAUAACUGCACGGGCUAUUGUGAAUCUAAUUUACGGGUUAUUGUGAAAUUAAUGUACGGGGCUUACAUACAUCAUUGCAGGGACUGUCAUGCAGUGAUGAGGAAAUAUAGUGCGUAUACAGAAGCUGAAAUGCUAUAUACAUAUAUCUGUUAUAUACAUACAGAAGCUUGGUUAGCGCUUUUCAGUACUAUCAGUACUUUGAUUUGAUCUUUAGCUUUUAAGAUCUGUGUACAAACAUAGAAUUGUUAGCAAAUCUCUGUAUCUUGCUUAUAAUUCGAAGCAAACACUCAAAAAUGGUUAGUAAAUAGAAAUUGUUAACAAUUAAACACAAGAAACAUGCACUACAUGUAUAACAAAUAAAGAGCACAAUUUAUUUUUUCGAAAUGAAUUAUAUAUAUACAUGUAUAUACCUACAUAUUUCCGUGAGCGAUAUCAAACUCUAUUUAAACUGAAUAAACUAGAGAAAAUGCCGAGCAUCUCAACAAAAACCUAUUGCAUUAAUCUACCAUUACGCAAAAAAUAAUGCCGAAUUACCGAUAGAAUGAAUUGUAUUUCAGUACUCCUACAUCAGAUUUUGCUUAAUUUGCGCAGGUAAACAGUUAACGUAACUGUUUGAUUUACCGAAGUCUCUGUUUGAUUUGAUACGUAAAAAUCACGAAAUACAGACGACAGUUUCCAGGUUACAAAGCAUAAAUAAUGAAAACGAAACGAAAAUCAGAACAAGCUAACAUCAACGUCAUGUGUGAAAACUGCCAACGCAUUGAAAUAUUUAGCCUCAAUUUACUUCACAAAAUCGGCACCAAUAUAUUUUUCAUGUUUCAAAAAUUUCCCUUCAUACGCGAACUGUUGCACAACAAGCAAAUUCAUCAUAGUCAGAUCGACCCUUUUUCGUAUAAUGUCAUGGCUGCUUUAAACAAAGAACCUCGUUUUAGAAGUAUGGAAUACGAGUCUUGGUAAAAUGGGUAAGCAAAACCGGGCCGUGGUAAAAUAAAAGCCGGGGCAGAUCGGCAAUCGUCAAUUCCAAAUACGCAUUAUUUUGCAGCAAUA